GUCUUCCUCCGCGGGUAAAGAAGAAGGGCGAGGAGAAAAAGCGCCGUUGUUCAUUUUGCAGCAGCGGCGGCAGCGCCACGGUUUUAUUUAAAGGUUCUCUGUUCUCUGUCCGCUCCUUUGCUGUAGGACUCGAUCUGACGAACUGCGUGCACAUUCAUCGCCAUUUUGCACCUUCUCCAACGGAAAGCAUUCAGCAAGAAUGGCAGAAGCUGACCGUCCAGGCAAAUUAUUUAUUGGUGGGUUGAACACAGAAACUACCGAGGAGGCCUUGGAACAGUACUUCAGCAAGUAUGGAAGGAUUGUCGAAGUUCUUUUGAUGAAAGACCGCGAAACCAACAAAUCACGAGGUUUUGCAUUUGUUACAUUUGAAAGACCAGCUGAUGCAGAGGAUGCAGCCUGUGAAAUGAAUGGAAAGUCCCUUGAUGGAAAGAAUAUUAAAGUAGAACAAGCUACAAAGCCCCAAUUUGAGAGCUCUGGAAGAAGGGGGCCACCUAUGCACCGCUCUCGUGGUGCACCCAGAGGGGGUCGUGGGUCCAGGGGAGGAAUGAGGGGACCACCAUCUAGAGACUAUUAUGAUUCCGGUGACAGUGAGCCCUAUUUCAAAGGGAUGUCUUCUCGUGGCCCUCCGAUGAAAAGAGGCCCUCCAGUCCGAAAUGGAGGGCCACCACCUAAACGAUCUGCCCCCUCUGGUCCAAUUAGCAGACCCCCAAUGUCCAGGGGUAGAGAUUCUUAUGGACCUCCACCUCGUAGAGACUCAAUGAUGUCCAGGAGGGAUGAUUAUCCUUCUCCACGAGAUGAUCAUUACAGCUCAAAGGACAGCUACUCAAGUAGAGAUUACAAUUCAAGAGAUUCAAGGGAUUAUGGUCCCCCUCCCAGAGAGUACUCUUAUCGUGAAUAUUCUAAUUCAAGAGACGACUAUGGUUCAAUGUCCCGUGGAUACAGUGACCGUGAUGGCUAUGGUGGAGGAAGAGAACCUCGUUACAUGGAACGUAGUGGUGGGUCCUACAGAGAUUCGUACGAUGGUUACGGUAACUCUCGCAGCGCCCCACCCUCAAGGGGCCCCCCACCAUCCUAUGGUGGAAGUGGUGGAAGCAGUCGUUACGAUGACUAUGGCAGCAGUUCCAGGGACGGAUAUGGGAGCCGUGACAGUUACCCCAGCAGUCGGAAUGACUCGUAUGCACCGAGCCGUGAGCGUAUGGGCAGACAGGAUAGGGGCCCUGCCCCACCCGUCAACACAGGCUAUCGCAAUUCAUACAGCAGCUCAAGUCGUGGCCGUGGCAACCAAUCUGAUGGAGGAAUGGGUCGCAGCAGAUACUAACAUGGACAAAGCAAAAAAAAAAAAGAAAAACGUGUUUCGAGGAAUAUGACAAGGCAACAUAUUGUAGUCGAGUCAGUGGAUUUGAAUCUUAGUUUUGAAAUGUAUCUUGACUUCCUAACUUUUUUGUGUAUUUUAAUUGGUAAUUUUUCUUGGAAAUGUAUUAGUACCGUCCCCAAGUACAUGUUUUUUGUAAUAUCAGUGCUGUUAAAAUCUGCAGUGCCCUUGACGUCUGGCUUUCCUAUUCUAAUAAAGCUUUUAGUUGUAACAUGACAACUGCAGCCGCUCUUCAAUUUAAAGUCGUAAAAUGGAAAAUUUAAUGUAGUAAAGGUUUUUAACUUUAACCUUAAUACUGGCCAAGUAUCAAAUGUUCUCAAAGAUUAAAAAUGUUAAUGUCCAAAUGCUCCACUGAAUGGACUCCUCAACCUUGUGCCUGAGGGCAAGCAGCGACAAACCCAAAGGCAACAACCAAAGGCAACAACCAAA